AAAAAAAACAUCAAUAAGGCUUGGGCUAUGCAGAAAUCUGAGGACUGAAGCCUCUGACUAUCAUUCAUAUGAGACUCCUAUUUCAUUUCUUCUAGGCCUCUGCUGCAGAGAUGGAGAAAAUCAGGGUACGAAAUUCCUGGGUACCCACCUGUCUGUGGCAACCUAAAAUUCUACAAGACAGUCACGCAAAAUCUUCUCCUAACCUCUGGGACAGCAGCUUGCAAGACCAGAAGGAAGAGCUGCAGAAGCGCCUGUCGUACACGACACAAAAGCUGGAGAUGCUGGAAAACGAGUUUGAUUCCACCAGGCAGUACCUGGAGACGGAGCUGAGGAGAGCCCAAGAGGAACUGGAGAAAGUGACGGAGAAGCUGAGGCGAAUCCAAACCAAUUACUUGUCGUUACAAAGAAUAAACCAAGAACUGGAGGAGAAGCUGCACAGAAUGGGACAACAUUACGAAGAGGAAAAGAGAGCGCUGGGCCACGAGGUGAUUGCACUAAAUAACCAUUUAGUGGAGGCCAAGGUGACGAUUGAUAAACUGUCAGAAGAUAACGAGCUGUACAGGAAAGACUGUAACCUGGCGUCUCAGCUGUUGCAGUGCAGCAAAAGUUACUACAGAGCACACAAAUUAUCAGAGCUCCCUGCUGACUUUCAGGAAAGAGUGCUGGAAAAACCUGAUCCCAAUAGCCUGUCUUCACAUCUCUCAAGUGCUUCUAUGAGGGACCUUAGCUAUGAGCACGAGCACGGUCACGGUCAAGUUCAAGAGCCCGAGGAGAAAGUACGGCAGAGACAGCAGUUCAAGUCUGAAAUCUACUGCAGUGACACUGCUCUCUACUGCCCAGAAGAAAGAAGAAGAGAUCGGAGGCAGAGCUUUGAUGUGCAAGUUAAAGACGAAGUCUACUUAAGAUCUCAGAACUCUACAGACAGCACCGUAGAAGAUGGAUUCCAUUCGAGCUUCUCCCAUGAAGCCUUCAAUGAAUAUGUAGCAUCCUUACCAACAUCCAGCUCAUAUUCGAGCUUCAGUGCUACUUCUGAAGAGAAGGAAAACAACCAGACCAACACGUUAACUGCCUCCCAGCAGGCUAUUUACAUGAGCAACAGAGAUGACCUAUUUGAAAGGAAGUCUACAACGGGUUACGAGCAUAAUGCUAGCCCAAGAUUUGUAAAAUCCAAGUCUGUCCAGCACAUGGAGCAUAGCCCAGAAAACACAGCAUCUCCCAACUUCACCAGAUCCUCUUCCUACGUAGAGGAACCUUUCAAUUUCUCCAGAAUCCGUACACAACAGACGCUAGGUGCUCACAAGUCACACAGUGAGUGUAGAAGCUCCCACCUUUCCGAAGAUGACUUGCCAACCAGGUGGAGGCAGCUAAGCGUGGAGGACAUUGGAGCCUACUCGUUCAGCAACGAUGGCCGAAUAUCACAGUGUAGUUUCACGGAACAGUAUUUUGCCCCAAGCCCAGGUAAACAGUUGGAAAGCAGGAUGAGCCCACUGUAUGCCAGUUAUAAACAGGACAGCUUCUCGGAAGGGGAAGAAGUUUGUCAAAGCAGAAUGGGAGACUCGUGUUUUCUCCGAACAGACUCUGGUUUGAAGAUUGACAUCAGCGCCAGCUGCAAACAAGAAAUGCUGUCUACCUUUAAGUCAAAAGAAGCAAGAGACCAAAAAAGUGAGAGAAUAUCCGUUCAGAAAGGGAAUAAGAACGUAGACACUAACGCGGCAGCCAAGAGGGAAUACGUAGAUGUCAGUCCAAACAGCUCUGCGGAAUCUCUUAGCCAAAGCCCCGUGGAGACUUCAGACGUACACCAGUCUUCCAUUGACCAAGGACAUGCAAUCUUUCAUGGCAAGCCCCAGCAAUUCCAAAGAACUGGAAGCAUUGGGUUAACGAGAAAAGAUAGUCUUACAAAAGCACAAUUAUAUGGGACACUGUUGAAUUAG